AUGGCUCUAGCUAUCUCCCACGAGGAUACUCAAAUUUUGUUAAAGGAUAAAAAUAUCCUACAAGAAUCGGUCUUGAACAAAUAUAGAACAGCUGGACAAAUUGCACAAACCGCCUUGAAAUAUGUCACCUCUUUGAUUAAUGAUUCAUAUCACUCUAGGACUACACAACGCCAAUUAACUGUGUCAGAACUUUGUUUGCUAACUGACUCUUUUAUUUUAACUCGUUUAGAACAGUAUUAUAAAAACAAAGUUAAUGAAAGAGGAAUUGCUAUUCCAACCACUAUUGAUAUCGAUCAAAUAUCUGGCGGAUGGUGUCCCGAAAUAGAUGAUACUCAAAAUUUGUUGAACUGGAAUAAGAGUAAAGACGCCACUUUCGCAUCAUCUGUGACUGGCAUCUUGAGGCCAGGUGAUUUAGUUAAGAUUACAUUAGGUGUUCACAUCGAUGGUUACACCUCUGAAGUUUCUCACACUAUGGUUAUCUACCCGGUUGACGAAACUAAAGCUAUUGCCCAGCCCGCCGGACCACUGUUAGGCGGUAAGGCGGAUGCGGUGGCAGCUGCUCACAUUGCUAUGGAAACAGUAGUUGCAUUGUUAGCUUGUGCUCUGACGCCAGAAAAGCUACCCGCUUCAUUAGGAGGAACUUCCAAUGGUAUCACAGGCCAAUUGAUUAGAACUAUCGUAGAUACUAUUGCCAGAUCCUACAACUGUGGAGUUGUCCCUGGUUCUCGUGUAAGAAGAAUUAGAAGGUUUUUAGCAGGCCAAAACGAAGGUAUCGUUGCCGAAAGGGAAUACAAGGGUGUUAUUUGGACAGAGUCACAUCAGGAAGCAGAGUUGCUAUCUAACACUGAUGCUAAAGACUUGACGGUAGUCGAUCGUGGCCAAUCUACUCCAUUCACUAACAUUUCUGCUAUUCCAAGUGACGAUUUUGUCGCACAAUCAGGGGAAGCCUAUUUGAUUGAUUUGAAAAUGGCUUCUUUGGAACAUUGCAACAAGAAGGGUUUGGUUACUCUAGAAACCGUUGACUCUUACACCGGUAAAUCUCAUAAGGCUGGAGAAUUGAUUGCCAGACCUGGUGUUUAUGUGAGAGAUUUUGCUCAAUCCCAUAUCCUCAAACUGAAGACCUCGAGACAACUAUUGACCAAGAUUGAUAAACAGGGUGUUUAUCCAUUCAAGCUAUCUCAUCUAUCUUCUAACUUCCCCUUUACUGACGAAAAUGAAGAAGAACUUGAAAAUUUAAAGAAGGAUCUGAAAUCGUUUAGACUUGGAAUGAGUGAGAUUUCCAACAAUUACUUGUGUGUAGAAAGUCCAGUACAAAUUGCUAGAUGGGUUCCAUGGGACCACAUCUUGAAGGCUACUAAUCCGAACGGUAACCUAAGUUAUGAUGCUACCUCUACAUUGACAUUACCGGGGCAUGAACUACCUCUGCCAAAAUUGGGUGUAUCAGCCAUCAAACUUAAAUCCUUGUUGAAUUCCACUAAGGAAUCGAUUUCUUUACCAGUUGCUCGUGAAUGCAAUACUAUCGUAUUGUGCGACUCUAGUGUAAGUACUACCGACAGACCAGAAUUAUUGAGAUUAACUGGCGGUUCUAGAACUUGUCAACCAAGCUGGAUUCAUUCCCAACAUGAAUUGAAUCCUGAAGAUUCAAUUGUUCAAGGCAUCUUUCAAUUGGCUACUUUGGCCAAGGAUAAGAGAUUUGGUCUAUUAUUGAAGGAAACACAACCAAUGAAGCAGAAAAGUGCAGCCACAUUGAAUGGUUAA